AUGGAUGAGUCCCCGGCGCUGGCGGCGGAGCUGGAGCCCCUCAACGCCUCCCUCAACGAGUCCUGGGCCAACCCGUUCGUGCAGCCGCCGUGGCAGGUGGCCCUGUGGGCCGUGGCCUACGCGCUGAUCGUGGUGGUGGCCGUGGUGGGCAACGUGGUGGUCAUGUGGAUCAUCCUGGCGCACAAGCGGAUGCGCACGGUCACCAACUACUUCCUGGUGAACCUGGCCUUCGCCGAGGCCUCCAUGGCCGCGCUCAACACCGUGGUGAACUUCAGCUACGCCGUGCACAACGAGUGGUACUACGGCGCGGCCUACUGCCGCUUCCACAACUUCUUCCCCAUCGCCGCCGUCUUCGCCAGCAUCUACUCCAUGACGGCCAUCGCGCUGGACAGGUACAUGGCCAUCAUCCACCCGCUCCGGCCGCGCCUCUCGGCCGCGGCCACCAAGGCUGUGAUGGGGCUGAUCUGGCUCCUGGCGCUCCUGCUGGCUUUUCCCCAGGGAUAUUUCUCCAUCACCGCCGAGCUCCCGGGACGCGUCGUCUGCCUCGUGGAGUGGCCGGAGCCCGGCGGAGCCGUGUCCGGAAAAACGUACCAUUUCUCCAUGACUGUGCUGCUGUACCUGCUGCCGCUGCUGGUGAUCGGCUGCGCCUACGGCGCCGUCGGCCGCACGCUCUGGGCCAGCGCCAUCCCCGGAGACUCCUCCGACCGCUACCACGAGCAGGUGUCGGCCAAGAGGAAGGUGGUGAAGAUGAUGAUCAUCGUGGUGUGCACCUUCGCGCUCUGCUGGCUGCCCUACCACGUGUACUUCACGCUGCAGUACCUGCGGCCCGAGUGGUACCUGCGCAGGUCCAUCCAGCAGCUCUACCUGGCCGUCAUGUGGCUGGCCAUGAGCUCCACCAUGUACAACCCCAUCAUCUACUGCUGCCUCAACGACAGGUUCCGGGUGGGAUUCAAGCACGCCUUCCGCUGGUGCCCGUGCGUCAGCGCCGGCGAGUACGAGGGCCUGGAGCUGCGCUCGGCGCGGUUCCUGCACACGCACAGCUCCGUGUCCAAGCUCAGCCGCAUGGACACCACCACCGUGGCCUCGGCGCUCGGUGCGGCCGACGAGGAGCCGGACGAGCCCGGCCGGGCCGAGCGGCUCUCCCUGGACGUGACCUCCAACGGCUCCUCCCGCAGCGACUCCAAGACGGUCUCGGAGAGCUUCAGCUUCUACUCCAACACCCUCACCUAGGGACGUCCCCUCCGUGCCACCCCGGUGCCACCGCCCUGCUUGUGCCGUGCCGGCGUCUCCCAUGCUGGUUUCCCGUCUCUGUUCCUUGGGAUGAGUUCUGUGUGUUCUGGCUGGACACCAGGAAUGUGUUCACUGCCUGGUUGGAGAUGGAGGGCGUGCAGGAACGGGACAGAGCCGGGUUUUUCUCCGGAAUUCCAGCACUGGCCGGCGCUUCCGUGCUCUCUGCGAGGCAGGAGGGUUCUCUGGUACAUCCCACCCUGUGGAAAACGACCCCAUCCUGCACUUCCCUCCUCCCAUCCCUAUCCAACGUCAUUCUCCCUGCUGGAUAUCCAGGGGGAUCUUGACUCCCAAAAUCCCAAAAAGGCUUUUUCCAGCUCCGUGGGGAAUCAUUGGCCACAGCGCAAAUCCAGGACUUCCUGCAUGGCCUUGGAUCAUCUCCGGCAUCCACAUCCCGCUGCUCCGUGGUCUCCUGCUGCCACUCCAAACCCGCUCAUCAGGGUGGAGAUUCCUGAAGGAUCUCCCAAAGGAUCUCUGAGCUGGGCUUUAGCUGCUGUUCCUCAGCUGCCACAAGGAAUUCCUGAGAUUCCCUAGAAAUCCCAGGUGACUCCCCUUGGAUGGACUCCAGAAUGCCAUGGAGCUCUGGAAAAGGAGAGACCUCCCUGAAGUGGUUCCCAGCCCCUGGAAAUGGAUUCCAUCCCAAGAACAAGGAUUGGAGGGAGGUCAGGAAUUCUCCAGAGCUGCUUUCACCCCCCCUUCCACCUCCUGGAUUUUGUUUUAAUCAGACUUUGCAAAAACCGUGACCUUUGUGAUGUGUGUAUGGAUUCAUGGAAUAUUUCCAUUCUGAUGGAUCAUUUUCCCUGGACUCCUCCAGUGGAUGAACACACACCCAGAGUGAAGAGAAAAGGAAAUGAAAUCCCAAGUGGAUAAACUCGGCUUGUUGGGAACACAGCCACAAAUUUGGGGACAAUCUGGGGGAAAUUUGCUCCCGGCUGCUGCUCCAAGUUCCCAUUUGGGGUGUGGAAAUCAGGCUCCUAAAGGGAUUCACUGGAAGGCUGGAGGAAUGAGAGGUGAACUCUGCAGAAAUGUCCCAGUCCCUGCUCCAUUCCCAUCUCCUGGACAGCUGAAUCCAGAGGCUUUUCCAGGUUUUUCAGGCAGAUCUCAAAUCAGAGAUUCAGUUCCCAAGCUGGGGAGUUCCUUUGCCUCUUCCCUGGCACCUGGAAGGAAAAUCAGUGGAGUCUGGUGGGAAUGCCCCACAGCUCUGCUCCCACCCUUCAGAAGCACCUGGAAAAUUCCCCCAUCCCAAACCCUAAAUCCCAAAUCCCAGCCUGGAGCCACCUUCUGACCCUGAAACCUUUGGUUUCAAGCUCAGCUUUGUGUCCUGAAAUGCAGAAAUUCCCAUUCCCACUGAACAGGAGCAGCAAAUCCCAAAUCCCUCCCCAUCCACCCUCGGGAUCUGCUCCAAAAUCUGCUCCAAAAUCCACCCCUAAAUCCACCCUUUACCCCCAUUCCGUGUGGGACUGUCCCUCCCCCAGCAACAACCCCUGGAUUUGGGGAUUUUGUUGGAUUUGGGGAAUUUUGCUGCAUUUGGGGAUUUCGAACAGGCCUGUCCCUGGUUUGGUUCUGUUUGGCAGAAGAACCGCGGUGCCUUUGGAAGUCACGGCCGAGGAUCCGGCGGUGCCUUUGGAAGCCAAAGCCAAGGAUCCAUCCGGGAGCAAUUCCCAUUGUUCGGAGCGUUUUUUCUGGGAUUGCCGUGGAUACAAGGCCUGCCCCGCCCAUCCUUGUCUUUAUUGUUGUUUUUAUUUUCUGUCCCUCGAGGGCUCCUCACGGCCGAGCAUUCCAGGAUGGAAGCGCAGGAUCCACUGUUUGUGGAGCGUUCCCACAGGGAAUGACGGGAUUUGGGUUUUUUGGGAUUUCCGUGUCCUUGCUGGAGCCCUGGUGUGAGGUCACAGAGCCUGGCCUGGGAGCUCCUAGGGUUUAUUUUCAAUUAAAAUCCUCAUAAUCAAAAAAAAAUCCAUUUUUCAGCCUUCAGGAUCCACCAUGGGCCCUUCCAGCCUUCCCCAUUCCAGGAUUCUGGGAUUUAUUCCUCUCCCAAACACCUCACCCUGCCCCAAAAUCCUGUGUCCAGCUGGAAAGUGGGCACAAUCAUUAACGUGCAAAACUUAGUGUGGGAAUCCCUCUUUUCCUUGGAAUAUCCACCCCAAAUCCUGUUUCCUGUGACUCUGACAUCCCAGGGGAAUUCGGGAUUUGGGGUGGCAGCAGCUGGAAGGAGCUUUCUGGGAAGUUCUUCCCAUGGGAGCAUCCCAAGAGAGGGGAAACCCAACUGUCCUUCCCAAAGCAUCUCAGAAUUGUCCCAGUGUGGAUUUUCAUGGAUAAAUAUUCCUUUGAUGUGGAGAAUGGUUCGUUAUCCCUUAAUGAGGGGAGGAGCUGUGGGAGUGGGAAGACAUGGAAAAGGUGGAAAAGCUAAAAUUCCAUUUAAAAAAUGGAUGAUGGGUUUGGGGCACCCUCGGUGGGAGAGGUUUGCCCUGAAAUGCCACCAAAACAGGAAAAGGGACAAUUCCCAAAAUUCCUCCUCAAAUUCGGGGCUGGGAGCACGGCACUGAUUCCCAAGUCAUGGAAACGGCUCUGAUCCCUCCUGGAGCGCGGGCAGGGCUCAGGCCCGCUCCGUUAUCCGGGUGAUUCCCGGUGAUUCCAGUGUCCCUGAUGGAUCCUGGCUCCCCAUCCCGGGCUGGGCUCCCCAGAUCCCGCUGCUCCGCCGGGAACGCGCAGUCCGUGCUGUUCCAAGCCCUCCGUGUGCUGAUGGCGGAACAUUCCAGGUGGGAAUUGCGGCGGCGGCCAGCCCCCAGCAGCAGUUCCGGCUGGCUGGAAUUCUGGGUUUUAAUUAAAGCGGCAUUCCCGGGCUCAGCUCCAUCCCACGGGCCCGGUAAGCUCCGGCUGUUGGUUUUCCAUCAGCGAUUUUAUCCAGGAAAAAGGAGGGAAGCGACAAACAUCCACAUACUCCUGGCCGAGCUUCCCGUGAACGCCGGGCUGGAUCUCCCAUCCCAGCGGGAUUCAGAUCCCAACGGAUCCAUCGGGAUCAUCCCAUCCCAGCGGGAUUCAGAUCCCAACGGAGCCGUUUCCUUUACUGGGGUUAUCCCUUCCCAGGGGGAUUCAGAUCCAUGAGGAUCAAUCAUCCCAUCCCCUUUCCCAGCGGGAUUCAGAUCCCAACGGAGCAGUUUCCUUUACUGGGGUUAUCCCUUCCCAGGGGGAUUCAGAUCCAUGGGGAUCAUCCCAUCCCCUUUCCCAGAGGGAUUCAGAUCCCAACAGAGCCAAUUUCUUCAUUGGGGUUAUCCCUUCCCAGGGGGAUUCAGAUCCCAACAGAGCCAAUUCCUUCACUGGGAUUUUCCCAUCCCAGUGGGAUUCAGAUCCAUGGGGAUCAUCCCAUCCCCUUUCCCAGCGGGAUUCAGAUCCCAAUGGAGCCAAUUCCUUCAUUGGGAUUUUCCCAUCCUAGUGGGAUUCAGAUCCCAGUAGAGCUGUUUGCUCCAUUUGGAUCAUCCCAUCACCUUUCCCAAUGGGAUUCAGAUUCCCAUGGAGCUGUUUGGGAUCAUCCCAUCCCAGUGAGAUCUGGAUCCCAACGGGUCCAUCAGGACCAUCCCAUCCCAGUGAGAUUCAGAUCCCAACAGAUCCAUCGGGAUCAUUCCCGUCCCAGUGAGAUCUGGAUCCCAGUGGAUCCAUCAGGAUCAUCCCAUCCCAGUGAGAUUUGGAUCCCAGUGGAUCCAUCGGGAUCAUCCCAUCCCAGUGAGAUUUGGAUCCCAGUGGAUCCAUCGGGAUCAUCCCAUCCCCUUCCAGGGCUGUCCAUAAUGGGGAAUUUCUCCCCCAUCCCAUAAAAUGAGCUCGAGCCUUUGUUGGGUACAGAAAUCCUCCCCAGCCACACAAGGAAAGGGAAUUCCACAUUCCCUUCAUCUCCAAUUCCAUGGGAAACCCCCCCAAAUCAGGGGGGUGACCCCCAAAAAAACCAAAUUUUGUCAUUUUUGGUGCUUUCUGAGGGGGAUCUGCAGCUUUGAGCGAGCCCACCCUGCUGAAUUCCCGCUCUGGUUCAGCCUCAUUUCCAUGGAUGCAUUCCAGCGUUUUACAUAAAUGUUUGCUUAAUGCCGAGUCCAAAAUAUCCCGGAAAAUUAAAAAAGAAAAAAAACCAAAACGGGAAUUUGAGGCAGCUCCCAGCUCACAGGGCGGAUCCUGCGGUUUCCAUGGCACCCGGGGGGCUCUGGGAUGCUUCCCAAAAAAUCGGAGCUCAGGGAGGAACGAUUUGGGUUCAAGACAUUGAAUUCAUGUUAUUCAGGAACCGCCGGGUUCAUUUUUGGGGCAGAUUGCGGCAGAUUUGGGGUUCCUGGAGGGUGGAGAAUUCCAGCUUGUUCCCAGCAGUAAUUAGCGUUAAUUACCCCAGUAAUUACUGAGCUCCGAGCAGGAGCUGCUAGGAGAUUUCAGGAACCAACCGGCGCUGGGUGGGAAUUUAGGGUGGGAAAUGAGGAAUUCAAUUGGAUUUGAUGUUUCCGGGGCUGAGGAACCCCCCGGGCAUCAGGAAUUCCAAAGGGAAGGAAGGGAAAAGGGGAGGAUGGGCUUAAUUAGAAAUUAUUUAUUCGUUAGAACAGGAUGGGCAGGGAGGGGUUGCAGGAGGAUUUAGGGAAUCCUGGGGGGAUCCAUGCUCUAGCCAGGAUUUUUUAGAAACAAAUUCCUCCCUGAGGGGCUGGGCUGGAAUUCCCAGAGGAGCUGUGGCUGCCCCUGGAUCCCUGGGAGUGUCCGAGGCCAGGCUGGACAGGGCACCAAAAAUCUGGAAAAUCUUGGGAUUUGUGGCACAAGAACUGGGGAUAAAACACAGGGAAUGAGAGUGCCAAAGGUCAGAUACUCACUGCUGGUUGGGAAUGAGGAGCCAUUCCCAGGGAAUGAGGGGCAGGAGAAGGAAUGG